AUGGCCGCACCAGCGCUGGCAAUCGCUGUAUGGGGCGACGCAGAGGCACUGCCUAGCGUGGACCCUACGUCACUCUAUGCUCUCGCAUUGGUGCAACUUGCUUACGGAGACACACAUCCUCUUUAUUCUAUAGUGCCCCGCGCAUGGCCCGCGCCGGACACUGUCCCGGCGUUGUAUGCCGUGGCAGAGGUAAAUCACCAAAAAUGGACGACCGACGUACUUGCCACGAGCCCAGACGAUAUGCGCGCGUACUUGCGCGAUCAUUCACCAUUGGAUUCAUCGCUGCGCACCUCUCCGCUUGUCGCGGCGCGCGCACAGGCAGUGCAUGCAAUGAUGGAUGAUACAUUGUCCGAUCUUAUACUGCAUACCCUCUUUUCCUUGCCGCCCAACUUUAGCAGUGUAACUGCACCACUGCUAUCAAGGCCUGGAAAGCAUGUAUUCCCGUCGUCGGCCCCGCGGCGUCUUCGUGCGGCUGUGCGUGCACGCUUGCAAAGCCCGCACAUUGCCUUGUGGGGCAGCAGUUGGGAGCGCGAAGAAGCGGCGCAGGCGCGCAAGUGGGAUACCGCCGCGGGACUCGCGCAGCGGGGAGCGCUGCCCCAGGUGGGACUGCGCCCGGAGCUGAAAGGUGAUAUGCAGGAGGCGUGGGAGCGCACGCGGAUUGCUACAAAAGCACGCACGAUUUUCGCAUCGAUCCAAGCCAUCCUCCAAAGCCAUGCAUUCCUCGCAGGCGCGGCCACGCCGAGCUCUGCGGACGUGCGCUUGUAUUCACUCCUUGCGCCACUUUUGCUUACAGAGCGUGCGAUACCCGUAGAUUUCCUUGCGCAACAAUUGCGCACGGAAUUUGCGUCGCUUGUCGAACACUGCGAACGUAUGCAUCGGCUUCUAUGGGCGCAGUGCUCGAGUACGCACUGGGCUUGGUGCCGCACGGAUGUGCAGCCGAUGCAAGCAUCCUUGUCCUGGACGCCGCUGCUCGCCGCGUUGGAUCCACGCACCUGGAUGCGGAAUUGGCGCAGCGUAAAGGACUCGCCACGUACCCAGACACCGCAAGGGCCACUGCCGCCCACGCUCCGUUACGGCCGUCUAUUUUGGAUUGCCUCGGCAGUGCUUGCACCGAUUGCAUACAUCCUGGUGAACGGACUGAUUGUGAUUGAGUAUGUUGACGAAGACGAAGACGAAGACGAAGACGAAGACGAGGCAGACGGCGAGUUUGUAGAGACCGAGGACGGCCAAGAAAUUCCGCAGGACGAGUUUAUCACUGACGACCUCGACGAAAUGGAUGAAUGA